UUUGUUGAUUUGCUAAAUGAACACGGUGAUUCAUGCAUUCAUUUGCUCUCAAUCCGUCGAUGAGUAAGGAGGUGUUUGCGCGAGCUCUUUAGCUGGAAGAGUUGUAGUUGCGUAGAGUUAAACGUCUGCUAGCGGUGAUCGUGCGAAACGUGUGUUGUGGAUCGAUCGUACACCGUGGUGCAUCGUGAGAGUUGAGCGCGUUCCAAAUAUUACCAUCAGUGGCUAACAUACCAUCGUGCCAGUAAAGUCGUUAUUAAAACAUUGUGAACAACAGCAAAACAGAUUCGUUGUUCCGUGUGAUCGGGCUCAUCGACAGUUGUAGUGAUUGAUUGAUCGUUGUGAUAGUGAGUUCCGAUAUCUUACCAAAGUGAUGAGUGCAGUGUUGUAAAUCAAAGUGCAAAGGUUUGCGGUGCCAAUGCCAGCUUCAAAGAAGGGCCAGUUUUGUACCAAUCAGCAGUAAGAGUACAGCCGUAAUAGUACCUGAAAUAUUCCCUCAACAAUAAUUGAUACACAAACAGUACGGCGUAUUUCUGGGUGAAUCAAUCGACAAAAUAUUUUAGGAGUGCUCUCAAAUAUGUCCGUGCUACAUCUGCAUGAUAUCUCUGGUAUCUCCACAGUGUAAAAAUGUGUAAAGUUGGUUGAGCCGCCCGCAAGUGCUGCCCACGCUCAGUAAUGUGUGACCCGCACAACUAUCCCGCGAUCCGGUGAUGUACAUUUAAUCGCUUGUAUGCAGCGCGUCUUGUUACUGUGUAAUAUUACUUAGCGUUUUAGGGUGGAGAGUGUUGUAGUGUGUUUGUUUGUUUGUUUGAUUGUGUUUUUAAUUGUUAUAGUUACAUCCCUACCCCCCCUCAUUCGCUACCGGUCGGUGAAGCAAUGUGCAGCCCAGUAGUAGUAUGCCUAGUCUAGCAUCGCGCGCGGCCGCACAGUACGUUGUUGAGAGGCUGCAGUCGAACGUCCGCCGCGUAUUGCGAUGCACAAGGUCAGCACCCUACCGACCGGAACAAGAAUGAACCAGCAUCAAAGUGACCUAGUGACCUCAGUGACCGUAUCGAAAGGCAGUGCCGCCGCCGGGGCACAGAUCGGGCCGAAAUCUGCGCACGUUGCCAAUGCACCGACCGGUGCGUCCACGCUCAACAACAACAAUCUGAGCAGCAAAAACAAAAACCCUUCCGCCCAGCAGAACUCGCCCGACAGCGUCAUACAUAUGACCAACGUGAGCGUGCCGCCGAAGCUGCUCGUGCCGAACGGGAAGAGUCAGGCCCCGGCCGUACCGUCGGCACCGGACGCGCGGGCCAAGCAGGUGCUGAAGGAGGCGGUCGAUGCGGUUGUAAAUAGUUUUGCCAAACACACGCAAGGAUACGGGCGAGUGAACGUCGUCGAAGCACUGCAAGAGUUCUGGCAAAUGAAGGCAGCGCGCGGAGCGGACCUGAAGAAUGGCGCACUAGUGAUAUACGAAUCGAUUCCGUCCACCAGCCAACCGUACGUGUGCUACGUGACCCUGCCCGGUGGAAGCUGUUUUGGGAGUUUUCAGAACUGCCCCACGAAAGCAGAAGCACGGCGAAGCUCCGCGAAGAUAGCUUUAAUGAAUUCCGUAUUCAACGAACACCCGUCCCGGCGCAUCAGCGAUGAUUUCAUCGAGAAGGCGGUCACCGAGGCGCGUGCCUCGUUCAAGGGCGAUCAGAACCAGGAGGACGACGGGCCCGACACCGGCAUCGGAGCGUUCAGAUUCAUGCUGGAAACCAACAAAGGCCGCACCAUGCUCGAGUUCCAGGAGCUGAUGACCGUGUUCCAGCUGCUGCACUGGAACGGUUCGCUGAAGGCGAUGCGCGAACGGCAGUGCUCGCGGCAGGAGGUGGUCGCCCACUACUCGAACCGAUCGCUGGACGACGAGAUGCGCCAGCAGAUGGCGCUCGACUGGAUCGAGCGGGAGCACGAAAACCCCGGCCUGCUCACCCGGGAGCUGGCUAUAGCCGAGAGAGAACUAGAGACUGCCCGUCUGGCGGGCCGGGAGCUGCGGUUCCCCAAGGAGAAGAAGGACAUCCUGCAGAUGGCGCACAACCAGCUGACCGGGGGCAGCAACAUCAACAGCUGAACCAGUCGCCUGCUGCCAUUUUUGUUUCUUCUCCCCCUCCGAUCCCGCUUUCACCCCACUUCAACAUCCCGCGGUGGCCGCGGACGCAUCUAACGCAAGCAAGCUAAUUUUAACUUACAUAUUAUUAUUAUUUUUUGUUAGGCAUUUGUUUUUUUUUUAAUUAUGAAUCCGAUUAACGGCAACACAUUGCACACAUACAUGGCCGAUGACGACGCCGACAGUAGUUGGUAGGUAGUUGACAGGCACGGCGUUACGGAAAUGGAAAAGCAUGUAGUAGAUCUCUGCUACCUGAACGAUUUUGUUUUAGCUGCUUUCGAUUACAUUCGAUUUUAUAGCAAACGCUGUGUGCUAAGCACGACUCCACUAUCAUCAUCACAUCGAUCAUCAGAUUGUUAGGCGUUAAAAUAUCGAUCGAUGUCGUAUGGCAAGUAACAAAAG